AGGUACUUCACAAGUGCUCAACCGCGUAUACUUUCUCGAUUGUUUGAUAUUAUACUUUCAGCCUUUCGAGUUGAAAUUAAAUCUACAUCAGAGGAUUUAGAUAAUAAUGAAAAGGAAACAUUCAAUAAUCAUCGUUAUAAUUUAGAAUUAUAUGGAUUUUUAAUUCAUUGGUUUUUAUUAUUGGCAGAAGAAAAUGCAACUUCAUCAAACAUAAUUAGAAAAUCUAAAACAGCACAAUCGUCAUCUUUAUCAAAUAAUGAUUUGAGAACAUUUGAUUGGAGUUCACAAAAGUUGAAAGCAUUUGAUUUGGCAAGUUGGUUACUUGGAUUAAAGCUAACAAAAAUUUGGACAUUGACACCUGAUCGAGUUAAUUUUGUUACACUUUUUACUAAGCCAGCUUAUCAAUUAUUUGAAAAUCCAGUAUAUGCAAAAUCGAAUCCAAUCAAGGAACGUAUAUUUCGUAUUCUAAGUCUUUGUAUUAAAUACUAUGAUCAUUUAUCAGUUGCUCAAACAACAAUUAUGCAAAAUCUUCAAUACUGGGAACAUUCUGCUGAACCGAUGGCAGAAUUAUUGGUUUACAUGGUGGAGAAACAUAAUUAUACACAAUUAGCAGACGAAAUUUUACGUGAAAUUAGUAAUCGUGAGUUUAAGGAUGUGACUAAUAAAGAAGUCAAAGACUCUCCAAAUCCAAAAACAUUUGCUUUAUUUCUACAAAAACUUGCAGAAUUAUCAACAAAGACUGUGUUGAAAAAUUUGACUGUUUUAAUUAGUCAACUCGAUAGUGAAUCAUAUUUAAUGAGAUCGACACUCAUAGAUAUUUUGGGUCAUUUAAUCGCUGAAUUAUCAAAGACGAUUGAAGAGAAUCCACGCAAUAUGGAUCAAAUCAAUGGCUUCUUUGAUUUAUUAGAAGAACGUAUGUUAGAUCCAAUUGCCUAUUGUCGACAAAAAGUAUUGCAAGUCUAUCUUCGUUUAUUCAAGUAA